AUGGAUGUUCUUGGACUGCACGGUCAUGUACGAUUAACAACCACACUGAUACCGGGAUGCACGCCCACAAUUCUCAUGGAAGCCCCUCCCUCUCUCGUCACAGUCGAGCCUCAACCACCAGCAGUCAACAGCCAUCCCGGUCCUGUGCACGAUACUGAGGAAGGGGUCUUCCAGGCCGUUACUACAGGCAAAUAUACGUUGUCUGUGUACUACCAGAACGUAAGAGGCCUGCGUACCAAAAUUGUUCAGCUGCGUUUGCUGCUUUCCAGCUGCGACUACGAUGUGCUCGUUUUCACCGAAACUUGGCUUCGUGCGGAUAUUGACAGCGCUGAAAUUUCACCGAACUAUACAUUUUAUCGUUGCGACCGCAAUGCGAUUUCAAGUCAAUACUCUCGUGGAGGAGGUGUAUUAAUCGCUGUUAAAACUCACCUAAAUUGUGAGAUUGUACCAAUGUUGAAUUGCGAGCACCUUGAGCAAGUAGCAGUUUGCAUACGACGGCAAUUUCGAUGUCUAUAUCUCGUUGUUAUCUACCUCCCGCCUAACUCCUGUGCAGAUCUUUAUUCUGCACACGCCAACGCAGUGCAGCAUAUUGUAAACCUUGCUUCUACAACCGAUAUCAUCGUAUCUGUAGGUGACUUCAACCUGCCGAAUUUACGUUGGCAAUUGGACGAGGACGUAAAUGGCUUCAUUCCUUCGAAUGUUUCUUCGGAGCACGAGCAAGCACUCAUUGAAACUAUGUUCACCAGUGGACUGCAGCAGAUUAACAGAUAUGUGAAUGUGAACGCCAGACUUCUUGACCUUAUUUUCGUCAAUCGACCAGAACAACUUGACAUUUUAGAACCGUCCGUACCAUUGUUGCCUGUUGACAAUCAUCAUGUGCCAUUUAUAUUACUUUUGGACGAGAGCGCCGACGAUUUUAUCGAACAGACCGAGCCAGAUGAUAACCUUCUUUACGAUUUACAGUCUUGCGAUUUUGGACAGCUUAAAACGGCUUUGGAUGAUAUUGACUGGAAUAGCAUCUUGCUAAACGGAUCUGUGGAUGGAAUAGUAUCGAUAUUCUAUGACAAGCUUCACUCAGUGCUUAGAGAACAUGUACAGCGAAAAAGACGCACAUCACACAUUUUCAGCAAACCAUGGUGGACCUCUGAACUACGACAUAUCCGUAAUGUUCUCAGGAAGGCCCGUCGCCGCUUUUUCAUUUCUAAAUCCCAGCGCGACCGAGAAUAUCUUCGAGAAAUAGAAGUGUCGUACAAAUCAGUGCUCUCAUCCACCUACAAUAACUAUUUAUACAGGAUCCAAGCCAGCAUCAGACAAAAUCCAUUGCGCUUUUGGAGAUUCGUAAAGGAACGGCAAACUUAA